AUGGUGCAACAUAUAUUUAUUUCAUUUUCAUCAACAACAAGAGAAGUGACCAAUAGCUAUCGAGCGUUACCACUAUGGAUAAAAGUACUGCUAACUCUAUGCUUCUUGCCAAUUUCUACUGCGGUGAAAUGUUUGGAUUGCGUUGGUAAGGAUUGCAUGGGAACAUUUUGUGAAGGUGAUUAUUGCAUUCUUGGAGUAUAUGCGCCACGAUGGGGAACUGUUGAAUGGGGAGAACCACGUAUUGUUAAAGGUUGUAUGAGUGGACGAAUGCUGGAAAAAAAUAUCAGGAGUCACUGCGAAACUGCUGAUAAAGAUGGCGAGGAGCCGUUUACUUGCUUUUGUGAUCGAGAUUACUGCAAUAACGACAAAGCAAUCCGACGAUUGGAAAGUGCAGUGGUACCACUUAUCACAUGCGUGUGUAAAGGAGCUCAUUGUGAGAGUAAAACUUGCAUCGGUGAAAUGUGCUCUUACGUGAUCAACCAUCGUACCAAAAAAUCUGAGCAGGGAUGUGUGAAUGCCUCAGUACCGUUAAUAGAGAGGAGAUCAGCUGAUUCUUGCAUGAUUCCACCUAUUACCGGUGCUAUGCAUCAUACCGUUUCCAAAGAUCCACAUGAAUUACUCGCAACAGAAUCAUGUGUAUGCAUGACUGAUUAUUGUAAUAGUGAGAAACCGAAAAUUACGCAAGAGGAAAAAAUGAAAUGUCAGGCAUUCGUCACAUUGGAAGCAAUGGGAACCAAGGUGUCAUCGCGAAAUACAACUUGUACCGGUGAAUUCUGUUUCAAAGCUUCCAUCAAAAGUAAGCUUGGUCAUAUGACAGAAUAUAAAACGAUGGGUUGUGCAUCAUUUCUAGACGGAGCUGAACUUGCUGAAGAAUUGCAACCGACUGGUUGCGCGCGAUUUGAAUCUGAAAAAGUAGAAGUCGAAUCGUGUUUUCAGACUAACGACAGGCGCGCAAUAGGAAGAGCUCGAGCAAAUCAGGAAACUGUUUUACCGAGAGGGAAAAGCAAGCAAUUAAAACACAGGAAAACAAUGAAGAAGCCACCUAAAAUGGAGGUAAAUUAUGAAGAUGAAGAGAAAGAAGAGGAAGAAAGAGAGGAGGACGAGGAAGAGGAGGAGAAAGAUUCGAGGAAGAAACAAAAAGGUAUAGAACGUAAGGAAGGAAGAGGAAGAGAAGGUAGGAAGGAAGAAGAAGAUGAAAUUGAGGAAUACGAGGACGAAGGGAAGGUGAACGGUAAAAAAGAGAAAGGAAAAAGCAAAGGAAGUGCAGGAAAUGAAAACGAGGAGAAGGAAGAGUAUGAAGAAGAGGAAGAAGAAGAUAGCGAAAAUAAUGAAAGAAAGAUUAAAAAUAAAAAGGAAGAGGAGGAAGAAGAGAGAGAAGAUAGCGAAAAGAAUGAAAGAGGGAUUGAGAAUAAUGAGGAGACAACAACAACAACAAUUUUCAUAUUUGAGAAGCCAACGGAACCAGCGAUUCCGGAUGAUUCGAAUAUUACACUGAUAACAGUAUUCAUUUUACUUAUGGUAUUGAUAGUAAUGUCUGGUGCGGUAUGGAAAUUUCAGUUGCAUAAGCGAUUAUUUCGCGCAAAUUACGACACUGUAAGCGGAUAG